AUGCGGCUCUCGCUCUCUGCUUUGCUGUUCGCCGGUAUGGCGCUGGCCAAGGACUUGAGACACCCUCGAAUGGGCGGGCCCGAGAUCAAGGCACGAGCGCCGACCGCGCCAUCAUACAAGCUGCCGACGUCGACAGAUUCGCCAAAGCCCAUCAUCCCAGAGACGAAUGCUACGAAGAAGUUCAAGGUUGACGGCACUAAGAUUCCAGACGUGGACUUCGAUAUCGGAGAGAGCUAUGCUGGUCUGCUCCCCAUCUCGGACAAGAAGAAUGUCAGCGAGCUGUACUUCUGGUUCUUCCCUUCCGAGAACGCAUUAGCUGGCGACGAGAUCCUCAUUUGGCUGAAUGGAGGUCCCGGAUGCAGUUCUCUUGAGGGAUUGCUACAGGAGAACGGGCCCUUCAUUUGGCAAUACGGCACGUACAAGCCUGUUAAGAAUCCCUACACUUGGGUCAAUCUUACCAACGUCGUCUGGGUGGAGCAGCCUGCUGGAACCGGAUUCAGUCAGAAGAAGGGCACGCCUUCUGCGACGAAUGAGAUUGAGGUUGCAGAGCAGUUCCUGGGUGCGUACACUGAUGAGAGAGGGAGAGACACAGCGAGUACGUUCGUCCUGAGCUGACGCAACAUAGGCUUCUGGAAGAACUUCAUGGACACAUUCGGUCUGCACGGCCGCAAGGUCUAUAUCACCGGAGAGUCGUACGCUGGGUACUAGUAUGUGCUCAACUCGGUUUCGAGACAGGACCUGAACUGACAUAUGUUCCAGCGUUCCUUACAUCGCAGAUGCAAUGCACAACGCUACGGAUACCGAGUACUACAACAUUGAAUCCAUCAUGUUCUACGAUCCAUCGACUUCCUACGACGUUGUCCAAGAUGACAUUCCUACCGUUCCAUUCGUCGAGUACUGGCAGCCACUCUUCAGUUUCAACAAGACAUUCAUGAGCAGUCUCCAAGCGCGACACGAGAGCUGCGGGUAUGCUGCAUUCCUGGAGGAAGCAUUUACGUUCCCGCCUACUGGUCCCCUGCCCACACCUCCAGACGUCAACGAACUGAAUGAUACCUGUCGCUUGUGGAACGACGUCACAAUUGCAGCGCCGCUCAUCAACCCAUGCUGGGACGUAUACCAAGUCGCGACGACGUGCCCUUUGCUAUGGGACGUUCUAGGGUUUCCCGGCUCGUUCUCUUAUCUCCCAGAAGGAGCUUCGAUUUACUUCAACCGCACAGAGGUGCAGAAAGCGAUCAAUGCACCUGUGCAGGAAUGGGAAGAAUGCUCGAGCGGCGUUCUGGACCAAGACACGAGCCCACCUUCGGGUCUCAGCGUCCUUCCUCGCGUGAUCGAGAAGAACACAAAGACCAUCAUCGGCCACGGAAUGUUGGAUAUGAUUCUCAUCAUGAACGGCACGAUUGUCAUGAUCCAGAACAUGACAUGGAAUGGAGCACAAGGCUUCUCGGUCGGCCCUAGCGAGUGGCAGGACUUCUACGUCCCGUACCACAGCGAAUUGAGCGAAUCCUCGCUUGCCGGCGCCGGUGUCUUCGGACAAUGGCAUACGGAGCGCGGAUUGACCUUCGCAACGGUCGAUCUCUCAGGCCACAUGGUACCUCAAUACGCACCCAGCGCGGCGUAUCGCCAGCUUGAGUUCUUGCUGGGUAGAAUUGAUAAUCUGGGUGAGGUGUCCGAUUUCACCACUCAGACGGGAAAUUUCGGCAACGACAACGCAACGAUGAAGAUGUUUUAG